GUAAAACCUUUAAAUGGCUCCUACGUUGAACUGCAGUCCGAUGUCACCAGCUCAUUCUAGUCUUAGAUUAAGAAGAAGACACCAGAGCAGCAAACGGUGAGAAAAAUGACACAGAAGGAGCAAGAAAACUUUUUAAAGAAUGCCAUUUUAAUUGUCGAUCAUACGAAGACAUCUUUGAUUGCAUUGGUUGAUUUAGAUCUUCAGAACAAAAGCUUAACAUUUGAACAAUUUCUCAAUAAAAACCGACAUGAAGCUUACCAUUUAUGUUACAAUAGAGGUAAAUGCUGUCAGUGUGUUCAUUCUUAUAUUUUACCAUCAGUUCGUGUUAUAUAUCCAGCCCAGCUAGAACUUUUAUAUGACAAAUUAUCACCCAAAUUAACCUGUCAUGGCCGUAUUGUGAAACUUAGAACACUGCCACCAGUAUGUUGUAGUUUAGCACAAACGAGAAUAUCAACGAAUGUGCUAGAUAUAUCGUUGGCACGAUGUAUCCUUACAAACUUUUGUCAUGAGGUCUUUUGGUACAGCUGCUUAACAUUCCAACGAACAACUCUGGAAGAUUUCCUGAACGCAAACAAGCAUACUAUAUACCACCUCAUGCAUCAUAAUACCAAUUGCUGUCAGUGUCCACUAGGUUUCGUAUUUCCAUGUGAUCGACCUCAGAUCAAUCAAUUAGAAUGGAACAAGAUGUUUUCGUCUCUUUUAUUACCUUGUGCAAACGACAGAAAACGUUCAUAUAAGGGAACGACCAGUAUAUGUUCUGUAUCGGCCACACCAUGGAUUUGUAUUCAUCAUUUAGAUUUAAACUUACAAGGAAUAAUUCUUCAGUACUGUUGUCCAUUGCGGAAAAGUGUGACAGAUCUAGCUGAAAUACGAAACAUAAAAUACGGUCAUGUUCAAGAAGCAAGAAUGUCUGAUGCAGAUUACAAACAAGUUUUCUAUGAAAUAGAAAAUAACCUGACGGCAAUAGCAUCCGUAUGUGGAAAUGUAGGUGAAGUAAAACAGAGUCUUCAAGAUUUACAGAAAAGGACAUUAGAUAAAACGUUAUGUCUCCAGUAUCAGAAUUCCCUUUUAGACCAUCUUCGUUAUGCGAAUGAAAUAAAAGAUAAUGUUGAAAUUUGUUGUAAAGAGGUAAAGGCAUCUGUAGGAAAACUUGGAAAAGAUUUUUCAAAAAAAAUGGCUAAACUGGCAAAUGAACAAACAGUUGAAGCAGUUGCCAAUGAAGUCAAAAUUCGCAUUCCCCGUGAACUUGACAAAUAUUACAUGCAAAGUCGCAGACAGCAGAGAACUGUCCAGCAUUAUACGGUUAAAUUAGCAAGACAAUGUAAAGAUAAAUCACAAAAAGUAGAACAGCGAAUUGAUACCGUUGUAGAGUCAAUUGGAGAUUUUAAAAUAAAUAUGGACACGCGUUUGGAUACAGUUGAAAAUACAGUAGGAAUGAUUUCGAAAAAUGUUGAAGAACUUGCAAAUAGCAUACCAAAAAUAGUAGAGAAAUGCAUAGAUGAAAAGGGUCUUUCCAAGAGAUCAAAGCUCAUUGGUUUAACCAUGCUAGAAAUAGAACAUCACAAAAAGGAAAAUACAUUCGUAACGACAUCUGUGGUCCCAUCUUGUGUACAGUUACUGAGAGAGAACAAUGUUUUAGUAUUGACAGGACGAGCUGGAUCAGGAAAGAGCAGAAACAGUUUAGAAAUUCUACACCAGUGUAAAACGCAAGGUUAUCAGAUCAUUAAAUUAACAGACCUGAAAGAUUUUGAAGACAUUUUUUUACCAAAAGUUAAGACCGUCAUCCUGUGUGAAGACAUAUUUGGUAGGACCAAUAAUGUAUUUACUCAAAAUUCAGAUGUUGAAAUACUUAAUAGGGUAAAUGCUUGUGUUAACAUUGGAAACACAAAAAUAGUAUUUACAGUUAGAGAUAUUGUUAAACGGUCAUGUAACUGGGUCUUUUCCUCCAAUAGACUUUUUUAUAAAUUUGUCGAAGUAGACAUUUGCUCAAAGGAAUUCGAAUUAAAGGAAGAGGAAAAGAAGGCAUUAUUUGUCGGGUAUUGUCAGGUUAAUAAGUUUAAGAUAGUGGGACUGAAUGAAAUAGAAAAUUUUAAAGACGAGGUAAUUUUAGACGACAAAGUUACAGUCAAACUAAAUCUAAUUACUUUAAAUCAGAUUAUAAAAACUGAGCCAAUACUAGGUUUUCCACAGACAUGUUGCCUUUUCACAGGAAAUAGAAAAUUUACUAGAUUAGGGGAAGCGUUCUUCAAACACCCAUCUAGUUGUCUGACAGAAGAGAUCGAGAAUUUACGGAAAUCUGGCAAAGAGAAAUUUUCUGACAAAAUAAAAUACUCUCUGCUUGUAUAUGUUCUCCUAAAUGGAGAUUUGUUGGAUACAAAUCAAAUAAACUUCAACCAAAUGAGCGAAAUUAUAACCUCUUGCUACCAUAAUUGUGCAAAUAAUAUUUUAGAACAUUAUCUGUACGAUGCAAUUGAUGAAAUGAUUGGUCAAUAUCUAAUAAAAGGAUAUGACACCAAUUCCUACAAAUUUCAACAUCAGACAGUACUCGAGAGUGUAUUUAUUUCAUACAGUAGAAUAAAUCCUGUGCUAAUUUUAUCUAAAUUAGCGUUUCAUUUUAUCAGAGAAAUGGUGCGCCUUGAGGGCUUUCAAGAAAAAGAAGGAGAAGUAGUCUUGAAUAUUCCUGCCAGGUAUUACCCAUAUCUUUGUGAACGCAUAAUCGAAAUUCUCCAAACUGAAUAUCGUCUGAGAUCUCAAAAUCUAAUUCAGCUUUUAUGCGAUUCAGAAAUUAUGAGACAAAAUGAUAUAACUUUUGUUAAAAAUUUGAUUGAAGUAGCUCAUAGAUUAUUACCCCUGAAGGACAUGACAACCAUGAUUGCACUUCCAGAUGAUCAUGAAUCAGUAAAUUUUUAUCUCCCCGCCGCUUUACUUGAACAUGUUAUCACACAAAAGCAUCUCUUUGAAUCAUUAGUUCCAUUGUUAGAACAUACUCGUUAUAUUUUUCAACGAGAAAGCAAAAUCGAUAUUGUUCAGAGUUGA